AGCCAACGAUUAUAACUAGGCCUAGGCCCUAAACGCAGUCCUAUUAUAGUAUUAAUAAUCAUAGCCUAGCCUACUACUUACUACUACACUAGGCCUAGGCCUAGAGUCCUAUUCUAGCUGGCCUGUGCUUCUUUGGUGUAUGAUCUGGCUCACCGACCUACCCUGUAGCAGGAGGGAGCGCCAACAUCCUAUUUCUAGCUAGGCUACACGUAGGCCUAGGUACACAUGCCUGAAAGUAGGCAUAGGCCUAGGAGGAACUGUACGUGGUGCAGAUCGGGUUAACGGAUCUCAAAGCCUAUCUACUACUAGAACUAGCCUACGUUCAUCUUCGACGCAGAAUAAAGCCUACCUAGCCCUAGGCUACCUAGCCGAUGUCAGGCCUAGGAUAGGAGGCCCACCCAAUUUUGAAUUUUAAAGGAAGUUGAACAGGACAAAUCAAGAGCCCCAAUUGUGCCAUAAGAAUAGAAAGGCAGAAGAUAGCUGUAUUUUUUUAGAGUGACAAUGUCAGACUUAUCAAGUGGGUGGCAAAGGUUAUUUCGGAAAAAAACAGCCAAUGCAGCAAAUAGUCCUAAAAAAUCAACUGGCCAAUCCAACCAAAACAGAAUGGAUGACGCAGUGGUUGUACUCGAGAAUUCAAAUAAUAAAAUGGAGUCAGCUGAAACAAGAGAGGACCGCUUAAAGAGACGGGAGCGUAUACGUGAGCACGAUGAAGAAGAAAAUGAGGAUAUUUCCAAAGAAGAGGAAGAUCAAAUUAAGCGAGCCAUAGCAUUGAGUAUGUUAGAACAAAGUGGAUCUGACGUGAAUCUUACCACCAAAGGGGCAUGUAGUCAAAAUUCUGUGCCACGAGACGAUGGUGCCGAUUCCCUUGGAGAAAACAACAUCCAAUCAGCUUUGAGCCAAAAAGAUCACCACCAGGUAGUGGAUGAAGAUGACCAAGUUCUUUGCGAUAGAGAUGGGGAUGUAGGUAUUGAUAAACACCAAAGAGAUGUUAGAAUUUGCUCACCAGAAGAUGAGAAUGAAGAUUCUCCUGUGUCGCUUAAAGAAAGAGAUGAAGUAGCUGCCUUCGAUGAGGAUGGUGACGAUGAGAGGAGCUCUCCUCUGCUGUUUCAAACACCUUCAUGCGACUCAGAACCUGAUGAUGUAGUGAUUGAAGAUGACAAGACAGCAUUGGAAUCUCAAUCAAACAACAGUGUUGUGGAUAUUUUUGCCUUACGGAAGGAUCGACUAAGUCUUAGGAAACGAAAGAGGCAGGUGGCUGAACCAGAACGACCAAGUAAAACCCCAAGAGUUGAAACCAGUGAUGAUGAGGAAACAGAUCUUGAAUUGCCUGACAGUAUGCCUGAAGUAAUUAAACAUGUCCCAGAAAAAACUGUCCCUUUAAUGGCAGUAGACCGAAGACCGGUUCUAAAAAGUUUGAAACCUUUUUUUGCUCCUGAUACCAAAGAUAAGAAAUUGUAUUCUUGCAUAAUUUUUGAUAUGUUGAACAAUCAGCUCGAAAGAUUUAGAAAUGCCCAGCGACGACUUCAGAACUAUGCAAUGAUGGGCAAACCAGUUGAGGUUGGUCCGUUUAUGAGAGAUUGUUUGAGACACCGUAAACGCAAUGAGAAACCGUUUGUAUUUUUUGACAGUGAGGAUGAACUUGAAAUUACUGUUAAACAGUCACCAGUACAGACAGUCAAAAAAACAACCAGUGCUUCCAUCUUGACUGGAGAACUUGAUGGUGCCAUCAGCCUUGCUGAGGGUUGUGGUAAACCUAAUUGUCAUCGGAAACGACGAAUGAGAAAUGAACUGGAGGACUCAUCUGACUUAUCUGAUUUUGAAAUAAGUGUGAAAAAACCAAAGCUUACUGAACAGAACACAAGUCCCGAAAAAAGCCACCACGAGGAAAAGAACGUUGAAAUUCCUGAUGAUGAUGAUGAUGUGUUGUACGGUGGAGAAACAUUACCUUUUGGGGAUGAUGAGGAAGUUAACGAGGAACUCGAAGACACUCUACUGAGCGACAGUCCUGUCCCUAUCAUAGUCAAGGAAUCUGACACAGAUUCUGAUGACAAUCAAGAAGAUGCAGAUGUGAAAAAUAAAUCAGAUGGCAAAAGAACCUCAGAACUGGUGGAUACAUCGCACAACACCAACACAUUGCACUAUUCUGAUGAAGAAUCUGAAAAUAGACCAAAAAAAACAGAUGAAAGCAAGUUGGAGUUCACAGAGAAAUCAUCCAGUGAUUACACCAUCAAACCUGAAAUAUCUGUGAGUUAUGAAGAGCAGAGGUUAAUAUACUCAAAACAGAAGAGACAGUCAUGGCUGCAAAAAAAAGGAAAAGAUGCAACAGAAUAUUUAGAGGAUGAUGAUGAAGUGUUGCCAAAUGUCCAAAAUCAUAAUGACGGGCAACUUGAGGAUGGUAAUGAGAGUGAGGCGUCUGCAGGAUCUGGUUCUGUAUCUAUUGUAAUACUAGAUUCAGAUAGAAACAGUCAAGGUUUCUUUGCACGUAAACUUCAAAGCAACAGUGAUGUCAUCAAUUCAAAGGCUUCAGGUAGUACGAAUGAAGCACGCGGUAGAUCACCAGUUAUUGAAUUGCAAAAUCAGCAAAAUCAAAAUCCAAAUGAAGAACAGAAUGAGUUGGAACCAGAAAAGGAAGAUUACAACAAAAAUAAUGGUAUAUCUUGUCCAAUGUGCAAUGUGUGCUUUCCUCAAGAUAAAAUUGAAAGGCAUGCAGCAGAAUGUGAUGGUCCAAUUGAAGAAGCAUUAGAGCCUGAAGCUGAAGUGGUCCAUGAAGUAUUGAACAUUGACCCCCAGAGUCAAUCAGGAAGUUCAAUGAAACAAGAUUCUGAUACUGAUUGGGUUUUUAAGGAUACGAAAAAGACCCCAGUAGCAACAUAUACAAGACUAAACAAACAAGGAAAAACCAGGUUUACAGACGAUCCAUAUCGAAUAUCUGAUAGUGAUGAAGAGGUGCAGCCUCUUGAAGUUUCCCAAACCACCUCUCAUGGCAAUGCUAGUAUUAGCUCUGAUCACAUUGACCAAGUUUUAUCUGAGAUGGUUGUUAAGAAAGAGCUCUCCAUUAGUAUACCAAAGUUGACAAUUGGUAAAAAAGAAAGAGUCAAACGUCUGUCAAAACACAGUGAACCAGAAGAAGAUGAGUUUGAGAAAUGCUUCAUAUGUUCUAAGUUGGUUCCCAAAUCUGAGUACCCACAACAUGUGAACGAGGAGCUCGAGAGGCAGAAUCAAGAAGAGAAUCUGCAUAUAGAAAGCCAAGUACCUUCUGAUUCGAAAGAAACAAAGUCAUCGGCUUCUAAAACACACCAACAAGGCAAAAGGUUGAGAUCGACUGGGAAGAGAACUGGUAGAAACAUGAAGAAAGACGACACAGAUGACCUGCAAGGAAACUUGGACGAUCUCAUUGCUUUUAGCAAAGAAAAAACUCAAGAUGAAGAUUAUAUACUUAAAGAGGAUGACAACGAGGAUGAUGAUUUUGAAAUAGAUGAAGACGAUAGUGAUGACGUUGAUACUAAGGAUGUAGUAGGUGAAAGCAAUGCAUUUGAAUUUAGCGAUUCACCAGUCAAAGCUUUCUGUAGUAUUAAAAAUACUAGAGCAGGAUUUAUAGAUUAUAAAAACCAAUUUUCCAAAAAGCGAGAGAGUACAAUCUCUGAAAAAUCGAUGUACCCCUCUACUUCCAUGCCACAAGGUAGAGGUCGGGGAAGGGGUAGAGGAAGGGGAAGGGGGAGAGGGAAAAGAAUGCGGGGAAUGUCCCGUAAGAAAAAAUGAACUAACCACCCUGUUUCAAUAACGUUUGUAAUAAGAGUUAAUAAAAUAAUUUAUUUCUUGGAGUUUGUUAAAGAGUUUUAAAAUUUUUACAUUUGGAAAUGUAAUGAUUUUGAAUGAAGAUGAUGUAUUUUAAUAAAUAAUUCUAUUACAAGAAAAUGACUGUUGCUGCAAACGCUAUUGAAUUGCGUAUGGUGCUGUUGUAAUAAUAAUACAGAGGUCAUAUGGCCGUAAUAAUUUUUAUACAAUAUGAUAUGUAGUGACAUAUUGCAACCAUCCUUAUGUUUUAGCUCCAUUGUAUUUGUUGGUUGUUUUGAUUGAAUACUGUAUACAUUGUGUAAUCUGACAUGCACUAUCUGAGCUGUCCGUUGGCCGACAAACCACGCUGUGACCUCUUGCCGAGCGCAACAUUGUUAAUGGAAUACUGUCUGUGAUGAGCCAAACAAUUACUAAAACUUAAAAUUACUAAAAAUGAAAUACACCAGUAAAUUAAAAUCAUUAUUUAAAUUGUUUUUUUGCUAAUAAUUAAGAUAUUCACUUUUCAUUCAGAAUUUGAUAAAUAAUGUCGUUCCUAUAAUAUUUGGUAAAACAGUAAAACAGAAUCAGGGGUUCCAAGUAGGGAGACGCCGCUCCAUUUUGAGGUCUCUUAAAGAUGUACUAUCA